AUGUACUUCAACGCUCUCGCCCUUCUCUUCGCCUCCGCGGCUCUCGCUCAGCCUAAGCCCAGACAGAACGAGCCCGCUGACAUCCAGGUCUCGUUCGCUCUCGCCGGACAGAACCCCACCUUCGGGGCCGUGGAAAACGAAUGCACUUUCUUCCCCUAUGGCAAUGAGCCCAUCUCUGAUAUCCUGAUCACCCCGUUGACGCUGCAGGAUCCGACCUGUGUGUUUUACACAGGAUACAGCUGCGAGGGGCAAGAGUGGACCCUCAAGCAGGGUCCGCACCAUUUCUCUCGUCCGUUCUUGGUGGGCAGCUUUGUUUGCAAGGGGUCCGAGUAAUUGGCUCGCUUUCAGUGGGGUUGUGUUGCGUUGAGUGGAGUUGGUGUUCCAUCGUAGAUCAAUUGUCAAGGUGUACGUUCGAUGGAUAUCUAUCUCGGUUGGAGAGGAGUAU